GUACCGGUACGCCUAUCGGUGACCCCGUUGAAGUCAACAGUCUUGGUAGCUUCUUUAAAGAUUAUCCGAUACAGCAUGAGGACGUGACAGAACAGCGAUUCAUCGGGUCCGUCAAAACCAACAUCGGACAUCUCGAAUCUGGAGCUGGAGCUGCAAGUAUCAUCAAGACACUUUUAAUGAUGAACUCAAUUGCACCAGGCAAGAAUUACAAGAUAGUCUACGUGUUCUGUGGCGUUGGAACGGCUUGGACCAAAAUGGGAAUAGAACUUGUCAGAGACUUCCCUGUGUUUGCCGACGCUUUGAGAAGUAUUGAUAUAUUUCUGACGCCGCUGACCGGAUGGUCGAUUUUGGACAAGUUACGAGACGGUGCAGAAAUGGAGGACCCAUUUAUUAGUCAUAUCGGUAUAUUUGCAUGUCAAAUUGGACUGUCGUACCUCUGGAAGCAAUGGGGUAUCUGUCCUGACGCGAUCGUUGGUCAGUCUGUAGGUGAGGUGGCCGCUGCCUGCAGUGGUGGUGUACUUUCCCUGAGGGAUGCAGUCAAUGUCAUCUACUACAGAUCUAAAUUUCUUGCAGAGUCAUCAGGAGGCAGAAUGAUGGUGAUAAGGAAUACAAGUACCUCAAGAGUAGCAGAAAUAUGUGACAAGGUUGGCCGUGUCAAUAUUGCAGUUCAUAGCAGUCCUGUCGCAUGCACAUUAUCCGGUGGUGACACGCAAGUGGAAGCAGUAAAAAGUCUCAUAAUAGACAAUGCCAAACUGACGAAUGAAAUACCAAUGUUCCAUGACUUGAAAGUAGAUUGCGCUUACCACAGUUAUAAGGUGGAGAAAGCGGCUCAACGCAUUCAGGAACGUUUAGAAGGUAUUGAAGUGAAUGCACCAAAUAUACCAAUAUUUUCCACAGUGACGGGGGGACAAUUGGACGAUUUCGGUACGCCGCAGUACUGGCAGCAGAAUGUCGCUAGACCAGUAUUGUUCCACCAGGCACUUCGGGAAGCGUCAAACGAAAAGUCAACUGUGUUCCUGGAAAUCGGUCCCAAACCCGUUUUGAAGGCGCAUUUAAGAGACAUUUUUCAAGACAUAGAUGUCACCACAAUUCCCUCUAUGAAACUAAAUAGUGGUACGUCACAAGUGCAUACUACAUUAAGCGACUUGUAUGUAUUGGGUGUAAAUCCAGUCUGGGAAAAUAUCGUGGAGAAACAAAACCUAACAGACAUGCCCCAAUACCAGUUUGAUGGCCAAAAACUGAUGGUAGAGUCCGAUUACCGUUUCCUCAGAAAGCAAGGAUUGAUGGACGACUCCUCAGGUAGAUACCUCAUGUUGACACAAAAAGAAAAGGAAGGGGAAUUCAAAGUCAACUUCAGUCCGAAUGGAACUCCUUUUGUGUAUGAGCACGUCAUAGAUGACGCCAUUAUCAUUCCAGGCGCAGUUUACACUGAGGUGGCAUUUGAACUUGGAAUGAACGUGAUGGGUAUGGCUGCUGAAAGUAUGCAUGUCGAGUAUGAAAUCAUAAAAGCCAUUCCCUUGUCGAAAGGAAAGCCUUCUUCUCUUGAUAUGUCAACGGAAGUCACAGAAACGAAAGAUGGUUUGACAAAUGUAACAUUUACUAUUGCAAAGGAUGCGAUAAUCGUUGCUAAAGGAUCCGUUACAAACGGUUAUCAUGCACACAAGCACAUAGUUCCGAUUGAGGAUGUGCGUAUACGUACUGGCAAACAUAUGGAGCGUGAAGAACUUUACAGCGAGUUGGCAAAGUAUGGCUACAAAUACGGUCCGCCAGUCCAGAGGUAG